GUCACCGUGCCGACUUCUGCUGGUCAUUCCCGCUGCGUUUGGGUUACCAAGCUCGCUGGGCAGUACCCGCCCCGACUCUGCCGCGCGAUCGCGGUGUGCGGCCCGUGCCGCGCCUUCGGGGGCUCGCUACGAUGAGCUUCGCCGAGGCCGCGGGCCCGCCUGGCGCUGGACUCACCUGGGGGCCGCCGCCCGUGCUGGGGCAGCGCCAAGGGUCCUACGUCUGCCUCGCUGCCCUGCCGCCCUUGUCAUCGGCUGGGAGCGCGCCUCCGGUGCUUGGGGUGUUCGCGUUCCUGCCGAGCGGCGGCGCGAUGGGCCUGGUUGCUGGCGCCGCGCGCCCUCGCCCUGCACGGAAGGUCGCAGUGGCCAAGAAGAGGGCGGCCCGCGGCGGCGUGACCUCCAAGGCCCUCGAGGACCUGAACGAGGCGCAGCCCGCUCCAGUGGGCGCGGUGGCGACGGAGAGGGCGGCUUGUGGCGGCGCAGCCUGGGCGGCCCCGACGGCCAGGGAGGCGCGCCCCGCCGCCGCGAUGCCGGCGGGCCAGUCCCGCGGGGAGCAGGUCCGCUACUCGUCAGCCUUCGACGAGUUCCGAACCUGGGCGGUCCUGCGCGAGCAGCCGGUGAUGAGGCUGGCCAAGAACGAGGACAACCUCGACGCGAUCCCUGCGACGUUCUUCGAGGAGCUGCGCCUGCGCAGAAAGGCGGCCAGCACCGCCAGGGACGAGCUCUUCGGGGAGAUCUUCGAGCUGGGCUUGGACGAGGGGCCGAACGUGCGCCCGCGCGGCCGCCGGCCGCUCCAGGGGUUCCGCCGGGGCGACCCCCUUGCGUCCGCGGGCCCCCGCCCGGGCGAGGCGGCGGCGCUGGUGGCAGCAGCUCUUCUGGAGGACGGGCCCUUGCGCUCGGUGCUCAGCGGCAGAGCGUUCGGCAAGCAGCACGACCCUCUCACCAGGCCCUCCGAGACGCUGAACAUCCUGCGCGGGAGCUCCGUGGCCCCGGACCCCGUGCGCGCGGCUGCCGUGGAGGCUGCCGUGGGGGCGCCCGCGCCGUCGACGUUGACGGCGGUGCGCAAGCGCCCGGCAGCGGGGCUUGCCGUUCGCGGGGAGUUCGACGGCACCGUCCUCGACAAGCUCGGGGGCCUGGGCUUCGAGUUCGUCCCGGAGGUAUUCUCGAGCCCCCAGGGGUGCGCGAUCCCAUGCCAGCCGCUCUUCUCGCCGUUGACUCCGGGCGAGUACGAGCGCCACAUCCUGAAGGGCGCACAGCUGGCCGUCGCCCCGCACUUGGCGUGGCACGACGGCGCCAGCUCGUG